AUUCCAGAUAAUGCAACCAUGCCUGGAGAAAAAACUGAGUACUUUAACUGUGUGCUGUGUUCAAAAAGGACUAAACCAAAGGAGAGAAGGCGCGUUGACAAAAACAUUAGGAAAUACUUAAGGAAAAGAUUUCUAUUGGAGAGUAAAGGAAAUUCAGUCAUCUGCGGUAAAUGUAGAAAUAUCUACUACAGAGAUGUGUCAAACCAUACAUCGUCUGCAACACCUACAUGUUGUUCAACUAUCCAGAAGGAAUCGCUAGCGCCUUCGUCCACUACUGACAACAGGAAACAUCUAUCAAGUCCUCCAUCAGUGACAUUGGAUCUGAAAUCUACAGCAAAGACCCAUGCAUAUUGUAUUCUUUGCAAAAAACCAGGACCUAAAUUAGUAGUGGUGUCUCCAGAAUGUCGCACAGCUGUCUUCGUGGAGCACAACAUACUUAUUCCAUCUGGAAAUAGAUGCUGUCCAGUCCAUCUGAAAGAUGGUCGUUUCACAAAUGAUGCCAUUCAUCAGUUACCAACUACAGAACAGGCAUUUAUCAACAGAACUACCAUUUUAAGUCUGCUGCAACAGAUGCGUUUUUUAUGCCAUCGAAAUGAAAAAUCCCACCUGGACUUUGAUGAUUUACAGACACUGACAGAUGCUGACUAUAUGGCUCUACUAGGUCUCAAUAAGGAUAAUUUUCAAACUGUAUGUGAUUCUUUGAAACAUCAAGUGAAACAAACUCCAUCCAGAAGUCUUAGAAAAUCCGUAGCCAUAUUCCUGUGCAAAUUAAAGACUGGACUAUCUAAUCAGAUUUUAUCCAUAUUAUUUCGUACUUCAAAGUCCAGCUUAAGAAGAGCAGCUGCUUCUGUAAGAAAAGCAAUGUUGACCAGUUUUGUUCCACAGAGUCUUGGGUUUGCGCACAUAACAAGAGAGGAAGUCAUUAAUGGUCACACUCGUCAGCUAGCUCAAACUCUGUUCGGGAACAUAGAGAAAAACCAGGCUAUAUUGGUGCUCGAUGGCACAUAUAUCUACACAGCCAAGAGCAACAAUUUUCAUUACCAAAGGCGCUCUUACAGCAUGCAUAAGGGAAGACCACUAGUCAAACCAAUGGUGAUUGUGACAACCACUGGAUACUUUGUAUCUAUAUUGGGCCCAUACCUAGCUGACAGUAAAAAUAAUGAUGCUUCAAUUCUCCAUCACAUCAUUAAAACAAAUGCAGAGAAUAUCCGGAGCUGGGUCAGUGAAGACGAUAUUUUCAUCGUGGACCGAGGGUUCAGGGACGCUUUGCCUCUGCUUGCAGAUCUUGGAAUCCAGGCAGAAAUGCCCUGUUUUUUGGAAAAGGGGCAACGACAGAUGAGCACUGGCGAUGCCAAUAUCAGCAGACUUGUUACAAAGGUCCGAUGGGUGGUGGAAUCUUCAAAUGCGAGAAUCAAGCGUUGGAGAUACCUGGAUAAGACUCUACCAACAAAUCAGAUCCCAUUUAUCGGAGAUUACGUGAAAAUUGUAUGUGCGCUGUCUAACAGAUUUUCACCGCCCCUGAACAAAAGCACCAAGGAAGAUGAGGCCGAGGCAGUAAAAAUGCUAUAUUUGUCUAAACAGGUUAAUAAUCUCAAGCAAACGGUUGAAGAAAAUUGUCUGAACCGAAGAUCUAUUCAGUGGCAGGCGGUUCAUGAGUGUGAUAUUCAGAACUUCCCUACGCUUGAUGAGGAACAGUUGCGGAAUUUGACGUGUGGGACCUAUCAGCUAAAGCUUUCUCGCAGUUACAUUCAAGAACAUAUUGAGGGGGAAUGCGAUAUAUUUUUUCAUAAGGAUAAUGAAAGACUGCUAAAAGUGAAAAUUCAGAGUCGUCACACAUCAUCAAAACAAUACUUCGUCUGGAUUGAAUAUUCGGAAUGUACUGUCAACGCAUGGUACUGUACAUGUAGAGCUGGUGCAAGAGUUGUAGGCAUGUGUUCACAUAUAGCGGCCAUUAUUUGGUACCUAGCAAAAGGAAGGCAUGAGGGAAAGAAAUACGGUGUUCGUGAUUGGGGCGAGCAUGUCCUGGAUGCAGCAGAUAUCCCUCCUACCAUUGAUGACUCCGACAGUGAUGUCAGUAGCUGCGAAAGUGUUCCGGAAGAAUAAACAGUUAUGUUUGUGUAGUUACUGUUGAAUACAACCCUAAAUAUUUUAUGUUUUAAAUCUUGUUUAUUUCUUUUUAAUAAUUAUUUCUGUAUCCAAUGACAAAAUUAGUCAAUAUUUCUUCUCAGGUAAAGAAACAACAUUUCGGCAAGCAUUCUUACAUUUCAAUAAAAAUCGGACCCAUUGUUAUUGAAAUCCGACUGUAUCAUCAUUGUCUUUUACUAUCUUGUUGUACAGUACCUUAAUUUUUAUGGUUUCAAUUCUUUGUAUACGUGUGUACAUGAUAUUAAGAUUUGUUGUAAUAUAUCCUUCUUUAAACUAUAGAUAUACAUACAUCAGUAAUAUGAUUAUGUCAAUAUUCAAUGUUUAAUUAUCCAAGUUGUGAAUUCAUUUCUCGGAGAAAUAUUUCAAUUUUUAAAAAACGCUAUCAAUAGGCAUAAGACUUGUGAGUUUCACAAUGCUUUAGACAUUUUUCUACGAUGUUCCAUUUUAUUAUAAUAAUUUUGUAUUGUACAUGUAUAUAGGAAGAGGAUAUUCAAUGAAGAAUUUAUA